AUGGACGGUAAAUUUAAUUUUAUGUUAUCAGUUCCAGUUCCAGUUUAAUCCACCAAUCAGUAAUCUUGUUACCACGAAGUAGCAUUCAGACGAAUACACGUUCAAUCAAUGUAGCCGAAACCAACCUUAAUAUCUUGCGAACGCCACCAUAAGCUGUCUAUUUUGAUUUGAAUUUUGCUGAUGCAUCAGUGAAGUUUAUAAACACUAGUCGAUUGCACCUUCUCAUUAGUAUUUCGUAACUCUAUCCAAAACUUCUAAAUCCUAUUGUUGUGGCCUUUCUUGAGAAUUUGACACCGUCUAAGCUGUUGAUGUCUUUGAAAACAAACUUAAUAGUAGCACAGGGGAAUGCCCAGUUAAACACACUGCUUAGAGACAAGUUUUCAGUAUUUAUCAUAGAAUUUACACUUAACUUUCUAGGCCUUUCAUCAUCCAGUCUGUAUCGCAGAACGUCCAGAACCUCGCCGAACGGAGAGUACAGUCAAAGCCCGUUUUACGGGCACCCUCUUAAUACUGACACCUCAUUACUAAGUACAGUUUGUUCUGUCCCUGAGCAAAGAAAGCCGUUACAUUUUCUCGCCUUUUAACCCGCGCGCUUAAUAUGGACACCCCGUUUAUUCGGAAACUCUGUAGUCCCCUCAGUGUCCGUAUUAACGAGGCUUGACUGUAUUAGUGUAAGUGCAUGAUCUAUCCUUUUACCCUGCCAAGCAAUAAACUAUUGUUAUUUUUAUGAAACUGUAGGAGAAUACAAAGUGACCUUGCUGAUAUACAGUGGUCUUCCUGAUCCUGUUUGGACGAUUGGUUCUCAAAAUGAGAAGUUUCAGCAAAUAAAAGAGCUUCUGGACAACGCAAGAGCCAAAGGCAACAUCUUCGGUUACAAAAAUAUUCCUCCUCUUCUUGGGUUCAGAGGUUUCUUAGUACAACAACCAGGAGCACAUGGAGAAGAACUGAUUUUAGGCAAAGAGACAGGGGACCUGCAAAAGCUGCUGCUUGACACCAUGCCAAAAGAGUCGAUAAAAGACAACUUGCGCCAGAAAAUUUUACAGGCCAUCGAUUUAGGAACUGUCUCGCCUAGAGUGCCUGAUGCGACCCAAGAUUCUUUGGCUCCAGUCAGUUCUCAAGUUCCCAGCAAAGAAGACAAGGGCGGUGUUGGGGUGAUACAACACUAUGCACCUAAAUAUAACCCAGAUAGGUGGAACAAGACCCAAGUGAUCCUCCAAAACAACAACUGCUACAACUACGCAAACCAAAAAAUCACCAACAGCUUCGCUCAGCCUGGAUAUGCCAGCGGCUAUAAGCCGUACCCAUAUCCCAUGACUCCACAAAACGUGAUUAAGGCCUGCGAAAGUGACGGCUUAGUAAAGAUGGAUGUGGAUCCAAGUGCUCCUUGCCCCAAAGCACCACCACAACCAAACUGCUUAAUAGUCCUGUUUGUUGCUGAAAGUAAGAGUGCCCACCUACCCCUCCCCCAAACCAACAUUAACACUUACUUCUCACUUAGGGCAAAAUGUUGGCUGAGGGGAGGGGUAGGUAGGCUGUUUCCCAGAAAUGUGUAAUGAUCCGAAAAUUAUCACUUCUUGAUUCUCCAGAGUGACCAUAAACAAUCAUUUUUAUUUCCUCUUUUUCCCCGUACUUCCAUGGCACGGUAGAAACCUGUGAGUGAGAACCAGCAUUUUCCCAAUACAUAGAUGGUAAUGAGCAUUAAUUUAGACCAUUUAGGUCCUUAUUUGCUGAAGAAAAGGAAAACAAAUUUUAGCUUUGAGAAAUAAGCGGAAUUCAGAUUGUGUUGAAAAUUGUAUAAUUGUAUCAAUGAAAAUUGUAUAUGAUUGUCAACAUUGGCAUUUACAUUGCAGUUGAAGUGAUAAGAGGUUAGAAAAUAAGAACCUGUUUCAAAUUUUAGGCUGAAAAAGUUUUUGUAUAGAGAGGGCCUAACUGGCCAACUGUGUACCGUUAUCAUUCAGUUUCGAAGCUUCUUGUACUAAUUUCGUCUUCAAAAAAACGAAUGGAAACCCCACACCAUCAUGGACUGUAAGCUAAUUAACGAGAAGUUUCGUAAUCUCGAAUGGUGGGUGACUUGAGUUCAGUGAAGGUUUGAAUGGGCUGUAACCACGCCGAUAAUACAUCAAUUUGCUUCGAAAGGAGCUAACUCGUGCGGCCUCUUGUAAUCAGUGGCAGGCGCGGAUCUAGGAUAAAAGCUGACCGAUUUCCUCAACGAGCGCCGAAAACGCAAGCUUCUUGGGGGUCCAGGGGCAUGCUCCCCCGGUAAAUGUUUUAGAUUUUAACUCCUUAAAGUCUCCUUUCUCGGGGUUCCGAGUCACUCAGAUAGGAUAUUGGCCAUUUCCAUUUACCUUGGAUAAAGCCUUGCAACUUGGAAAGUUUUUUAUUUAUUAAAAAUAUAUCUAUUUAAGAAAAAUCUGACCGAUUUCCGUAAAACGGUGGAAACCGGUGUGGAUCCGCGCCUGAGUAGUAUUGAAUUUUGCGCAAUUACCGACAGCAAUUAAUAAGAAAAAUUAUACUAUACUUAUGAAGAAAAAAGUCGAAACAAAUCUUUUUGGUACUUUAUUUCUUUAUUUUUAGAGGUGGAUUACCAUUGUUAUCGCUUGGAUGACACUAAUCCCCCAGGGUACUGGUCUCAGAAACUUGGAAUAUCGCCUGUCACUGACCUUGAAGGAAAAGGAAACAAGAUCACUGACCCAAGGAAAGCUGUCAAUCUGCCGUCUGGUCCCGAUUACAAGUUUGUUACUUUCAUGAAGAUCUUUACAAAUAUUAUUGAUGGACCAUUUAGCCCUCCAUAG